GCGGGCGCCGCGAUGCGAUUUCGCGCUAAGAUCGUGGAUCUCGCCUGCCUCAACCACUUCAGCCGUGUAAUGAACACCAUCGCCAAGUUAGCCAGAACCUGCACCCUGCGCCUGACCGUCAGCAAGCUGUAUUUCAUCCUCUCCGACAAAGUAGCAAACGGAGGCGUCAGUAUGUGGUGUGAGCUGUGCCAGGGGAAUUUCUUCGAUGAAUUUCAGAUGGAAGGAGUAGCUGCAGAGCACAAUGAAAUCUAUUUAGAGUUGGUGCCUGAGAACCUGUCAAGAGCAUUGAAAACUGCCCAGAGUGCCAAGGCAGUGAAGAUCAAGUUGACUAACAAACACUGUCCCUGUCUCAGAGUUGCUGUGGAGCUACCAUCCUUAUCAAGCAGCAGUAGGAUUGUGACACAUGACAUUCCUGUGGGGGUUAUUCCCAGAAGAUUAUGGAAUGACUUCAGAGAGCCCAGUGUGCCAGACUUUGAUGUCAGUAUUUACCUACCAGUGCUGAAAACAAUGAAGAGUGUCGUGGAGAGAAUGAAGAAUCUCAGCAAUUCCAUUGUGAUUGAAGCAAACUUGAGUGGAGAAAUGAACUUGAAAAUAGAAACUGACUUAGUAUCUGUAACAACACAUUUUAAAGACUUGGGAAAUCCUCCCUGGGCGUCAGAAGAUGGAUGUCAAAGUUCUGCUCAAGGCAGAGAUCUGGAAAGCAUGGCUGAGGCACGCAUAGACAUCAAGAAGCUGCAGCAGCUGCUUGCUGGACAGCAGGUCAAUCCCACAAAAGCAUUGUGCAAUAUUGUAAGUAAUAGAAUUGUCCAUUUCAUCUUGCUCCAUGAGGAUGUUUCGCUUCAAUAUUUUAUUCCGGCACUUGCCUGAAUGUUUUGGAAUCUCAGUCGUUUUCCAGCCUGAGGCCUUUUCCACGAAGUCUGAACACUUUCAUGAGUUGCUGGAGUACUCUCAUGUGAUGUGCUGUUAGAUGCAGGCAUCAGGUGGACAUUAUUUCCAUAUUUAUUAAAUUAUUCAAAAUACCUCCUCAUCCAGGUGGCCAUUUCUGCGAAGAGUUACAUGUUAUGAAAGACACAACACCGGGGAGCUGGUGUAUCUGAGCGUUACGGGGAGCAAAACUGGAAUUUGUAUGUGCUUUUGGGAUGCUUUGGGCUGUGGGGAGGGCAACAUAGGAUUUUUUUUCUCAUUGAGAAAACAUAAAGGUAGAAUUGACCUGUGGAGCUGCUGCUGGGUGUAUUCGUUAUUCUCCGAACAAGCUAUUGUACCUCCGUGGAGCAGGAGAGCCCUCUGGAGGGUUGACAGAUUGGUAUUUGCCUGGGCAGGUGAGCACAGCCCUCCUGACGUGGUACUGGAUUGACAUCUCUUCCAGCAGUGAUGUACAUGGACCUGAUGCUACUGCAUGUUGUGCAGCAGAAAUGUGUCUGAAGCAGAGGAGCUUCCUGUGGCUGCCAGCGUGUGACAGGGUGUAACAGAUGCGAAGGAGCACCAACAGCUCAGCAGCAUCUGUUUGUACCUGGUUGUAUCUUUUCCUUGCUCCAGCAUACCUCAGUAGUUCUGUUAGUGCUUGAACUGAUGUGUUUAGCUCUUGGCCUAAGAGGAUGAGAUAAACACUCUGAAUUACCUUGUUAAUGCGGGCAGCGAAGGUCUCUGUCUACGUACAGAAUGAGUAUUGUAUGAGGAUAAGCGUGAACACAGCCAUUGGUGUGAACUAAAGGGCAAGUUAUCCGUGGAUCGCGUUUUUUUCCCCUUUCCAGAUGGAAAGCAUCGUACAACCUGUGUCGUCAUGGUGUCAGACACAGUGAGAUUGCAUCUAGGCUCUGAUGCCAAGCAGCCAAGAGCGUGACUAAGUCUCACUGACAGGAGUGCUGCCCCUGCUUCUACUUCCUGGCUACCUCCUUUUCCUCCUUAUUCCAUGUGUGGUUGUAUUUGUUAUCCAGCCAUGUUCCAUAUGCCUUUAGUGUUCCACAGGGUUUUGAGCAUCUCGUGAAACAUCCUGGUUUAGAAAUAGUGAGCCUUUGCUGCCAAAUGGGAUUGGGAGUCUCUGAGUAACUCUUGUUGUGGUCAAAAAUGCUGGGUUUUGGGUUGUUUGGG